CAGGUGGAGAUUCAGGGACCAGGAUCACGUGGAUUAGGGUUUGCGAAGAGGAAGAGAUGAAGAAGCGCUGAUCGAUCGAUUAGGCUAGCGUCGCGGCAAAAUGGGUCAAAGUGGGCUUGUCGCGUGUCACAGGGAAGAUCCAUUAUGUCUCGGGAUUAUCUAUGGUUUGCAGAUGUGGACUUUGAAGUGGCCAAUUUGGCUAUUUACUCGGUUUCUUCCCGUGUUCUUUAUCUAUUCCUUUCCAUCGCGAUCCACUCUAUAAAAGCCACCGAUCACAUUUGUAGCUACCAUAUAAGUUUUUUGUUUUGUUUUUCUUGAGCGGAAUGGAUCAGCAAGAGAGGAGGAGAAUGGUGAAUUCUCCCUUCCCGCGGCAGCCCAAAUCGAUGGGUUUCGUCCAGGGGAAUUUGUUCUUCGAUCGCGAGGCUCUUGGGGAGGUGGUGGUGCUUCCGGUGGGCGAUGGAUUCCUGGUUUGCUGGAACCCGGACAAGGGGGGAUUUUUAAGCGUGGAGCAUCGCAGCGAGCCAGGUAGAAGCCUUUGGUCCACAGCUCCUGGGUUUUCUUUCGUCACCGCGGCUCUGGGAGUGGAAACGGUGGAGGAGUUUCGGGGAUCGUUUGGGAUCCAGGACGAGGUCAAGCUAAUUUGUAAGCACCAAAGUGUUGACAAGAUCCUCUCUUUGGCGGGCUCAAGCGCUCAAAGUCAGCUAGCGGAUGAUCACGUUUCGUUGUCAAACCAAAAAGAUGGAGAUGGGACCCCGUUGUCCGUGAGUGGGGGCUCGUCAGUGGUGAUCACUGGGACUUUGUUCUCGGCAGAAACAGCGUUAAAUUCUCCGCGGCCUUUCUUUCGUAGGAAAGACUGCUCCAACAGUGUUGCUGUCUGCUACACGCUUUGCUUCACAGAGAAGAGGCCUCACCACCUUGGUUUUACGAUCAAGCUUGAUAAGCCGUUCUGGAUCGCGCCACCAAAACAAGUGGAGAACUAUUAUCACGAGCUCCAAGCCGAACUUAAAAGUGAUUUUGACGUGCUAGAGAGGAUUUGGACGGAACGAUCAAUUUUUAGACGGAGAAGCUAUGGCUCGCUACGAGUUCGACCGGUUGAGCAAGCCAAUAUUGACGAAGUUCCGGAUUUUAACAGGGUCCAGCUGACGUACAUCUCUCACAGAAACGAACGAUUCUUUGGAUUUGGCGAGCAGUUCUCUUGCUUAGAUCUGAAAGGACGGAGAGUGCCGAUCCUCGUUCAGGAGCAAGGCGUCGGAAGAGGUGACCAGCCUAUUACCGCUGCAGCAAACAUUCUAUCUUACAGAUCUGGAGGAAGCUGGCACACAACUUAUGCACCAUCGCCAUAUUACAUGACCUCGGAUAUGCGGUGUUUGUUCCUUGAAAACUACGAGUACUCCGUCUUUGAUCUGCGUCGUCACGAUCGAGUUCAAAUACAAGUACAUUCGGGAACGAUGGAAGGCCGGAUCUUACAUGGACAGACACCCGCAGAGCUGCUUAUGCGCUAUACUGAAAGCAUUGGAAGAAUGCGAGAGCUUCCGGACUGGAUUCAUCAAGGGGCUGUCAUUGGUAUGCAAGGUGGAACGAACGCUGUGAAGAAAAUACAUGCUGAACUUAAGAAGCACGACAUUCCUAUAGCUGCCUUCUGGUUGCAAGACUGGGUUGGCCAAAGGAAAACAAGCAUAGGAUGGCAACUUUGGUGGAACUGGGAAGCAGACACGGAUCAUUACCAAGGAUGGGGGGAGCUUGUGCAAGAGCUCAAAUCCCAGGGCAUUCGAACAAUGACGUACUGCAAUCCUCUCCUCGCUUGUGUAAGUCUCUUUUCAGAGUUUCCUUUACGAUGCCAAUGUCUUACCUUGAAUGUAAAGGUUGAGAGCAAGGAAGCGAAACGAAGAAAUCUAUUGCAAGAAGCUUUAGCUGAGAGUUUCUUGGUGCGUAAGCCUGGUGGAGGCGUCUACAUGAUUACGAACACGAGUUUUGACGCAGGGGUCAUUGAUCUUACAAAUCCCAAAGCUCGUUGCUGGCUGAAAGAGAUACUGAGAGACAUGAUCAGUACUGGAGUUUCGGGGUGGAUGGCGGACUUUGGCGAAGCAUUACCUUUCGACUCGGUCAUUCACUCAGACGAGAAUCCAGCGCUCCUUCACAAUCGAUUUCCCGAGCUGUGGGCUCAGCUCAACAGGGAGGUCGUCGAAGAAUGGGAGCAAGAGCACAAGUUACAAAACGGUGACAUCGACAAACUUGUGUUUUUCAUGCGAGCGGGGUUUAUGAGAAGUCCGAAGUGGUCGACCCUGUUCUGGGAAGGAGAUCAAAUGGUCAGCUGGCAGAGGAACGAUGGCAUAAAAAGCGCUGUUGUUGGACUGCUGAGCAGUGGCAUCUCCGGAUACUCUCUGAAUCACAGUGAUAUUGGCGGCUACACAACGGUGAAUUUUCCAUUUCUAAAGUACGUGCGAAGUGAGGAGCUUCUCAUGCGCUGGAUGGAGCUCAACGCCUUCUCUGUGAUUUUCAGAACGCACGAGGGAAACGAUCCUGGAGCGAACUCUCAGUUUUACACGAAUGCGCGAACUUUGCAACACUUUGCUAGGUGCGCAAGGAUUUUCAAAGCGUGGAAGUUUUACCGCAAGGAACUUGUCAAGGAAGCGGCAAGUCGAGGUAUGCCCGUCGUGAGGCACCUCUUCCUUCACUAUCCACAGGACGAGUUCGUGCAAAGAAUCACUUACGAGCAAUUUCUAGUUGGCUCGGAGCUUCUCGUCGUUCCAGUGCUCAACAGAGGCAAACGAAAGGUCCGUGCUUAUUUUCCAGCGGGAGACGUGUGGGUGCACGUCUGGACGAACAGGAACUACGGCUCUGCGGAGCAAUCCUCGAGUGCCUGGAUCGAUGCACCGCUUGGACUUCCAGCCGUGUUCUUCAAAGCCGGAUCGACAGUUGGAUCAACCUUUAUGUCCAACUUGGCCUCUCUCGAGGCCUCGUGACAUUGGGAAUAUGCUUU